UGUUGUCUGCACCCUAGUCAUUUCGGCUUCUCUCAAAUUGACGCAUCAAAAGGGGAUUUCUACGAAAAAUUUAAUAAUUUAUUAAUAAAAACUAAAGAAAUCUCAUUUAAAACAAGUGAAAAGGCUUCAGUAGUCAUUACUUUACACGGUUUAAGUGAAAUAUUGACAGAAGUAGAAGGAGAAGAAAGAACAAGUAAACAAAAAGUAGGGAAGGAAAAAAGACGGAACCACACACAUUUCACAUUUCUUGUUUACGGGUCGUUUGCAAUAGAAGAAAAGUACAUUAAAGUGCGUUCAUCGUUCCCUGCGUUUCUGUGUGUAUAUAUUUAAGUAUAUGUACAAACGUAGAGUGAAUUACUAAUAUUUGGUACAACCGAUGAAAAUCAUGGCCGACAUGGACGCCGUACACUUGGGUUUGGACGAGAACGAAGCCGACAUUGCUGAGGAACUACAACAUUUCGAUGAUUCAUUUGAUACACGUAGCGAAGCGUCCGAGUCGGACUCUUCCUCGGAUUCUCAACCCAGUAUUAGUUCCAUGGGUUCGGAAAAUUCGAACGAAUCGAAAACAAAACGUAAAACAAAAACUAAGAAACUUGACAAAUCGUCCAAGUCCACUCCGGACCAAAAGGCAGCUAAGCGUUCUGUAUCACCGGCCAAGGAUACUGCCGUAAAUGGUAAAAGUCCUUCUAAAAAGCGAAAGGAUAGCGGCAGUAAAUCUGCUGAGCAGUCCAAGGAUUUUAUUGGUCCAAUUAAACCUGACUCUAUUGAAAGUGCUUCCAAGAAAUCUCGCAAAAAGUCUAUUGACGCUGGACCAAAUACAUCAACGAAUAGUGCCAACGUUAGUGGCAGUGUCAAAAGUGAUGCAAGUGAUGAUGAGUGUACUAACAAGCCCAAGGCCUCUGCGUACGAUAGUGAUUCUGAAUCGGAAAAUUCAGACUCGGCAGCAAAUAUAAAGCGUAAUGGCCGCAAAACAUCAUCCAAAAACUCGACACCAGAAAAAAGAACUUCAUCAUCCAGAUCUGGUGCAAAAGGCGUUUCCUCUUAUGAUUAUAAGACUAAACUGAACUAUCUAUUUCGCGAUACACGUUUCUUUUUGAUAAAAUCAAACAAUGCGGAUAAUGUUACGCUGUCUAAGACGAAAAAUGUUUGGGCCACUUUACCGCAAAACGAUUCAAAUUUGACACAGGCCUUUAAAGAGUCACGUAAUGUUCUGUUAAUUUUCUCCGUCAAUGAAAGUGGUAAAUUCGCUGGCUUCGCUCGUAUGAGUGCUCCCUCGAAUCGUGAAAUUCCACAGCCAGACUGGGUAUUACCAUCAAGCAUUUCAGCAAAAGCACUGGGUGGCGUAAUUGAAAUUGAUUGGAUUUGCCGUAAGGAACUGUCGUUCAAUUGUACAUCACAUUUGUACAAUUCAUGGAACGAAGGUAAACCGGUGAAAAUUGGACGAGAUGGACAAGAAAUUGAACCCAAGGUGGGUGCAGAGUUAUGUCGGCUAUUUCCGGAAGAUGAAAAAGUGGAAUUAACACCCAUAUUGCGCAAAUCUAAAGCCACGGCAAAAAUGAUGAGAGAAAAAGGCAUACGAAUGGUGUAUAAGGCACCGAAAAGUUUAUCAUCGCGAGGAGGCGGUGGUGGACGCAUCAAUCAUUUUCGUUCUGGUGGCGGCGGUGACCGUAAUCGGGAUGGCGGUGGUCCCAUGCGCCAUAAGAGAUUCGGCAGUUCACAUCGUACUUAUAAAAUGCCAUACCAUCCCGGUGGCGGCGGCUACAAAAGAGGUGGUUCUCCCUAUAGAGGAGGGCCAGGUGGCGGAGCCGGUGGUAACGGACAAACAAGAGCCGGUGGUGGUGAUGCCGGCCUACCACCUUGGGAUCGUUAUAUAACACCAACAGCUGCUGCUGAAGCAUACUUGGUAGAUUAUAUGCGAACAAUGCACGGUCAGCUGCCACCACUGCCAUUUGUUCCGCCUUUUGGUCAAAUGCCACCACCAACACCAGGUGGAACAGCUGUUCCACCCCCAGGUUUACCAGCUUCCAUGUACGAAUUUCCUCCUCCAAGCAGAUACUAUGAUGGGCCACCACUACCCGACUAUCCGCCUCCGCAACCAGCACGUCCACCACCACCCGGCUACGACAAGAGUGGUCCAUCGUUUGAAGACUUUGCAGCCUGGAAACAUGCCGGUCUACCCACAGGAUCACUGCCACCAGGAUUUCCUCCCAGCGCUCCCGGUGUUACAAGUACAGCUGCCGCUGGCACAACCAGUACAACAACCAGCAGCACAGCAGGUGGUCCACCAAACACAACGUAUCGUAUCAAUCGCAACAACGAUAUGAACAAUGCCAAUGUGAAUCGUGCGCGCGAUCGCCCAGGUCGGGGUAAUGACUAUCAUCACCGUGGCGGUGGUAAUGUAGGCGGUUCUUCACGUGCACCUGGCGGUGGUGCUGACCGUGAUCGUGGUAAUAUCCGCAGUGGGGGUGUCAGUGAACGCAGUAGUGGUCGAUAUAGCCGGGGAAGUCGUCGUUAAGUGUAACGCGGAAUAAAAGUAAAAAAAGAUUUAAAAAAAGAGAAAAAUCCGCAAAGUAAUGGUUUUACCAACUAAAAAAUAUUAAUUUUAAAUCGGUUAAUAACGGUAAUCUAAUGAGACAAAUACACCCCUUCUGCGCAAACCUUCCGGUCUACAAACACUUCAGCAGAUCACACCACACAACUCUAAUUAGUGAUUGUAAUUUACUUAAAACAUUCAACAGAAAAAAAUCAACAGAAUCCCUAAAGUUUACAAAAUAUUCUCAACAUUUGAAAAGUGCAUAGAAAUCGAAAUAUUUUUUAUUCUAUUGCCCUCAGAAAGAGAGAGAGAGAAGGAAAUGCUAAACCUCAACACAACAAAAGAAUAAUAAUGAAACAAAACAAAAUAUUUAACAGUGUGAAAGAAAAAGUUCUUGAAAAAAUAUUAAGAAACUUAUUUUUAGUAUUUAACUUUAUUUAGUUCUUUCCUACAUCAUUUAGAACUUUUAAGAAUUACGAAAUGAAAAAUAUAUAUAUAUUUAAAAAAAAAGAUAAAAGAAAAAAUAAAAACAAAA